AUGGCUGGGUUUACCGCCGGCCAACUCAUCAAACUUGCUGACGGCCGCCACGCGAGAGUUCGGUAUACUGGGACAACGCGUUUUGCCUCUGGAGAAUGGAUCGGGUUAGAACUCGAGGACGCAACUGGGAAAAACGAUGGCUCGGUUCAAGGAGAAAGAUAUUUCGAGUGUGAAUACGGAUAUGGCAUGUUCGUCCGGGCACCUGCUAUUAUAGAGGUUAUUGAACAGCCCCGGAAAGAAGAACCAAAAGUUGCGCCCAAGAGUGGCCUUGACGGCAGGGGAAGACCAACUUCGAUGGUAGUGUCCUCAGGAGCCUCAGGAAGUGCAGCUGGAUCAAGACGGCUGAGCCUGUUGUCGUCCACGAUUGGGGCAAAGAAACCGAGCUCGGGUGCUUCGAGUCCUUCGCCCAUUCCAAGAGCUUUGGGUCGUUCAUUGCGGUCACCUACGAAGUCUCCGGUAAAACAGCUAGCAGCCCCAGGCACGCCUGCUGCGUCGCGAACCUCAUCUUCUGCCCCAAGAACUCUUACCAGCCAUAAGCCUAGGCCGAGCUUGUCUAACCGUAGCUCGGCAGCUCCUACCCCCACACCUACAUCAUCUAGUACUCGGUCGUCAUUACGCCAAUCCAUGUCAGGACCUGCGGCCAAACCAGCUAGGUCUGGGUUGGCCUCUUCACGUACGACUACAAGCCCAGCCACAUCCAGACGAAUGUCUCUUAAGCCAGCCAUUGCGAAAUCGCCAGUGAUAGGCAAGGGGGAUGCAAGCUCAGGCGAGCAAAGCGAGGGGGCUUCGCGUUCGAAUUCUCCUCCAGAUGGACCAGAACUUGAUGUCGUCAAACCAAGCCUAGCACGACCCACACCGUCGCCAUUGAGCCAGAGAUCUGUUUCUGGAAGCAAUGCACUGCUGAAGGAGCUUGAUGAUCUGAAAACAAAACUAAAGAUCAUGGAGAAAAAACGGGGAGAAGAUCGUGAGAAGUUAAAGAUGGUGGAAACGUACAGGGCAGAGCGAGACAAAUUCGAGACUAUCAUCCAAAAGCUCAGAGAAAAGUAUCAACCCCAACAACAAGAAAUCACUACGUUGAGGAAACAGUUGAAGGAGGCUGAAUAUAGAGUCGAGGAAGUCGAGAGGCUCCAAGCCGAACAUGAAUCUAUUCUCGAGAUGGCUGCCUUGGAUCGAGAGAUGGCCGAGGAAGUAGCGGAAUCCAUCAAAGCUGAAUAUGAAGCUCUGAAAUUCCGAACUGAGGAGUUGGAACUUGAGGUAGAGGUUCUAAGAGAAGAGAACGACCAGCUUGGCCAAGUCAUGAGCCCUGAAGAGAAGUCAAGUCAGGGGUGGCUACAGAUGGAACGGACAAAUGAGAGGCUGCGUGAAGCUCUAAUCCGUCUCCGUGAUAUGACACAACAGCAAGAGGCUGAUCUAAGGGACCAGGUUAAAGAGCUAGAGGAAGAGCUGAAGGACUACAAUAACCUCAAGGCCCAGUAUGAGUCUACAAAGGAGAAAUUGCUUGAAUCAGAGGCAAACAUGGAGGAUCUUAAGCAACAAGUGGAGGCGUUAGGCGCAGAAGAGAUGAUUGAAGAGCUCACGGAGAAAAAUAUGCAGUACCAAGAGGAGGUAAACGAGCUAAAGGCUAUCAUCGAAGAUCUUGAGAGUUUAAAGGAACUGAACGAUGAGCUCGAACUCAAUCAUAUGGAAUCCGAGAAGCAGCUGCAAGAGGAGAUUGACUUUCGAGAGGGCAUCUAUCAUGAGCAAAAUCGAAAGAUUUCCCAGCAAGAUGCUGUCAUUGAGGAUCUUGAAUAUACUUUAUCAAAGUUUCGAGAGCUGGUCUCAACUUUGCAAACCGACCUCGAAGACAUGCGAGCCUCUCAACAAAUCACUGAGACUGAAGCUACUGAUUUAUCUAUGCGCUCAAGAGCAAUGAUGGAUCUAAACAUGAAACUCCAGGCAUCUGCUGCUAAAGCGCAAGUUAAGUCAAUCGAUGUAGAGUUAGGUCGAAUGGAAGCGGAGGAGUCGGCCAGUCAUCUGUCCAUUCUGAAGUUAUAUCUACCUGACUACUAUGAGAGCGAACGAAACCCGAUCCUUGCACUCCUUCGAUUCAAACGAGUAGGAUUCAAAGCCUCGAUAAUGAGUAAUACCGUCAGAGAACGCCUAGCGGACCCCUCGGUCCGCUUUCCUGAGCGAGAUGGCUUCCUAGCCUAUGAAGUCCUUGAAAAACUUACCUGGAUAUCUUUGCUUUGUGACAGAUUCGUUACCUUUAUAGAUGGCUGUUCAAGCGAACAAUUCUCCUCCUUUGAUGGAGCUCUCUAUGAGCUUGAACCAGUGGAGCGCAUCUUGAACUUUUGGAUCGAAAGUUUGAAAAAAGGAGAAUUGAACGAGAAGGCUUGCGCAGAUGAACUCCAACGAUCAACUGCACUGUUAUCGCACUUAGCAGAAACACUAAUACCACAGCAUGUUGAAGGCAGUGGGAAUGAGAUGUACAUGCUCUCUAUGCUGACGCAGACUUACCUGGACAACAUUGCGUCCUCUCUUUCUCAAUUGAAGUCAAAAAUUCAGUCUAAAGUACCACCUUCACCGGAGGAUGAGGAAAGCCAGCAUCUCUACAAGAAAAUCGAUCUACUCGUUCAGCAAGCAAGAGGAAUAAAGGUUGCAUCAAGUAAAGUCACUCGCUCUUUGGAGGAAUUGCGAACAAGAUCUCUAGCUCUUACAGAGGAAUGCAAGGAGACAUUUGAGUCCACGGAACAGGCAGCCAAGGAGACAUCAGCAUUGACUCAACUCAUCGGAAAUAGUUUCUUGCGGCUUAUCGAUGAUGAUGACCGUACUGAGCCGUUCACAUAUCCAGAAGUGUUGACCGGUAUGGCUGACGCAAUCUCUUCCAUCCCUGGAGGUUCUCCUGGAGAAUCUGUGACAAGCGAUGCCCUUGCUGUUAUCGCGAAUAAGCUUCGCCUUUUGACAGGUUAUGUUGACGAGACAUCGAACCUCUCCUCUGAUUUAUCCCAAACGGUAGAGUUUGACAGAAGGCAGUCUCCAUGGGUUGCUCGCUCCAAGAUGCUCAAAGCCAGCCAGGAGACAUCCCCAGACACUGAGGAGGAGAUCAGACGAUUGAAAAAUGAAAUCAGUGAGGCCUCCAACGCGCUUGGGGCGAAAGAUAGAGUAUUUGAAGAACAGUCUAUUAAGAUUGAACUUCUUGAAGCUCGGAUGCGUGAGGCUGGUAAGAAGGCGGCAGUUGUCAAGGAUCUGGAAGCCAAAAUUGAGAACCUACAAUCCAAGGAAAAUGAAUUGGUUGCUCUUGUAGAACGACAGUCUCAAAACAUGCAGGCUAUAGAGCGAGAGCGGGAUGAAUACAGAAGCCGACUAGAAAAACUGAAACAGGCGUCUGAAUCGGACGGAAGCUCUGGCACAGGCGGUGUUGUUAAUGCUGCAGCUUCUCUGUCGAUCAUGAAGGAAAACGAGGCCUUACGGGCCGAAGUUACCAGCCUCCAAUCCGCCAUACGCUACAUUCGGGAUGACAACAAGCGUGCUCAUCUUCUUGAUCCGUAUUCCGUACAGAGAAGCAAUCAUAUGCGUUCCUGGCUUGACGUUCCCUUGGUUCGUCCCAAGCUUUCGGCCAGCGAACACGAGCCAGACCAUAGGCACAAGCAGGCUGCUGAAUGCCGCGAUGUCCUUAGCCAUUUACUCAGGCUGACCAAGGAAUCCAAUAUUGUGGAUCUCAAGGCAAGCAACAUCUCAGACCCCGCAAAUCGCCUUGCAUGGCGCCCUGUCAAAUCGACACCCAAAUAUCAGGCCAUGAAGCAACGUGAAAAUUAUGAACAAUGGAACCAAUGGAAGGACGAAGUUGUAAAAAAUAGGAAAGUGAAGAGGCUUAAUACAAGUCACAGCAUGCAACGAAGCGGCCAACGAAGUGGCCAACCGGACGACCGUAUUGGCUUUCCGGUGGAUCAGCCUGCCUUCACCGAUAUUCCACGGAAAGGUCUAGGGACUGACGGAGACGAGGGCGUUAUGGGGAGAACAUGGAAGAUUCUAGGUCUUCAAACCGACACUGGCGAUAUUUCUCGGGUAUCAAAUGAGCCUCAGAUACUUGACGACUAG